UGAAACAAUAGGAGAAGUAGCCGUCACAAUCACCAGCUCAACCCAACGCAGAGUCUUCAGAGUUUGAGAACACAAGACUAUCAAUGAUGAAGUCAAUGUGGUGUAUUUAUUAGUCUGGAUCAAGAUCUACAUCCUACACUGGGGGUGAAUCUGCUGAAAUAUUAGAUUAUUUAACACCAAAUAAAACAACAGAUUUCCUCCUCCAUACACACAGCAAUUCUCCCUCAGUGAAGCUCAUAUUACAUUGAUUAUCAGUAAAUGAUGAAAUAUCACCAUCAACCAGCAAGUGAAGAAUAGCUUAUGAAGGAACAGUGAGAAUAUGAGUGAUACAGAAUCCUGCACAAUAAAAGUGGAAGAUGUUGAAGAACAAACAGGGUUGGAGCUGAACUCUGCAGGAGGGUAUAUCUCCAGGAACAGGGUUGAGCACCCCUGCCUUAAACAGUUAUAUCAGACCUGCUAAAUGAAAACAAAGAGAAGGAAGAACCGGUUAAAAGGGGUGAGAAAAAUGACAUCAAAACUGCAGAAAAACGGCAAAAUCUUUCGUUGAAAAGAAAAGACAAUCUUAAACUUCAAAUGAAGAUUCAUAGAGAAAUGAAGCCGCACACAUCUGAGAAGAUUCGCACAGGAGAAGAAGCCCUUACGAAUAACAUGAAAAUCCACACUGAGGAUACAGUGAACGAUUGUGAUGGGACUUUCACAGAUAAGGGAGAUCUUAACACACAAAUCUUAACUCAUAUUGGAAAGAAGUACACAUGUGAUUUAUGUGGGAAGAGCUUUCGUGAUCCAAGUACUUUAAAAAUCCAUCAUAAAAGGCACAAAGGUUUGAGGGAUCAGAUUUGCUCUACGUGUGGCAAGACCUUUUUUACAAAUAGCGCUUUAAAAGAUCACCAGUUAGUUCACUCUACAGAAACGCCUUAUAAGUGUUCAUACUGUGACAAAAGAUUCAAACGGUCACAAUAUGUGAAAAUACAUGAGAAGAUCCACUCUGGAAUACAGCCGUACACGUGUGAUCAGUGCGGGAAGAGUUUCAAAUAUAAAAGAGCUCUAGCUUUACAUGGCAUAAUCCACACCGGAGAGAAGCCGUUCACAUGUGAUCAUUGCGAGGCGAGUUUUGCCAGAAGGGACGGCCUUGUUAAUCACAUGAAACUCCACACCGGAGAGAAUCUGCACAAAUGUGAUCAGUGUGGGAAAAGUUUCAGAAGGUUCAGUGUUUUUAAAGAGCAUCUGCUUACUCAUACUAGAGAAAGAAUCUAUAAAUGCGACCAGUGCGAUAAAAGCUUUUUUAGGCCAGGUUUCCUGAGGGACCACCUAAAAAUUCAUACAGAUGAGAGGCCAUACGUGUGUUAUUUGUGUGGGAGGAGUUUUCGUUAUACGAGUGCGUUAAAAUUACACCAGAAAAGGCACGGCGGUGUGAAGGAUCAUGCUUGCUCCGAGUGUGGGAAGACGUUCAUUACACAUAAAUCCCUAAAAGAUCACCAGUCAGUUCACACUACAGAAACACCUUAUAAAUGUUCAUACUGCGACAAGAGAUUUAAACGGUUACGAUAUAUGAAAAUACAUGAGAAGAUCCACACUGGAGAACAGCCAUACCAGUGUAAUUUAUGUGGGAAAAGGUUCACUUAUUCUGCUACUCUGUACAGUCAUAAAAAACGAGCAUGUCAGAAAGCACAGUAAGUAGUUUUGAGUUCUGCUCCUGUGAAUUUUAAUGUGAUUUUGCCUAGAGCUAAUAAUUUUGGUAAUCGAUCACGUUUUGUAGUUAAUUAAAAUUUACCAGUUGUGACUUAAUAAAACAAGGUAAUCA